GCCGCCGACCCAAAGAGCCGAAAGAAAGGGAAAGUCCGUCGGAGACCGGCCGCGAACUUUAGCGCUGUCAGUCCACGGAAAGCGAGUGCGCGCCUGCUCGCGUCGCGAACCCGCUCGUGGCGGCGAACAGCAGCGAACUGCAAGUGCUGCUGGCGCAGCAACAGCAGCGAGGAGCAACAAUUGGAGCAACGAUAACGUGUGUCGGCGAGCCUUGGCGGUGAAACGCGGAGUUUUUUACGUGCGUACUUGGGUGUUGCUGCUUGUUCGCUCGCCCGCUCGCUCGCUCGCUCGCUUGCGUACGCAUGCGUGCGUGCGUGCGUGCGUGCGUGCGUGCAUAUGCCGAUCAGCCGGGAUUAUUAUCGCGCGCUUCUUCUUCACGACGCUCGCGACACCCAGCGCGUCGACGCGAGGAUGCCUCGCGGUGCGCGCACCGCGACAGGAUAAGGGCUCGCUGGGAAUCCUGGUGCGCGCACGCAGCACACCGCUCCGCGACGUGGAACGCUUGGAAACUGUCGAGAUAGCAGAUGCGCAUCGGCACGCUAACGCAUCGGACGAUGAAAGAUCGACCAUGAUCGGCGAGCGCUUCACCUCCUUAAAACCGGAUAGCUCGGAACAUUCGCGCGAGUGUCUCGCGCCGACUCCGCGUUCUCAUGCUCGUGUGCUCGACCUCUUGACCGGCGGAGGAUCAUAAUGCUAGAGCCGGUUCUGGGAACGUCGCCGAUCUGGUGGCUGGUGAUGUACGCCAACAUCCUUCUGCUGCUGUCGCCCUUGGUGCUGCUGAUGGUCGUCUUCCUGCCGAAUUUCCCGCUCUUGCUGCUGCGUAGAAUAUGCUACAUACCGAUCGAGUCGAUCUGACGAUCGAUCGACGUCCGACCGGGCGGUCGUGGAUCUAUAUCAGACAUUCUAUCGGACAUCGUGCACCCGGCUCGAUACCGAGGUAUCGCGAAGCGCCUAGGGAUUGCCUUUGCAACCGGGAAUAAUCGAAAUAUGAAGCUGCCGAUCAUCUGCGCGCUGAUCACCGUCGCGGCGGCCGCGCCAGGUCUCCUGAGGGUGCCGAAGGUGUACAACGCCGUGAUCACGAGCAAUCAGAACCUGUCGCCGUCGCGGGCGUUCCCGGUGAUACAGCCGGUAAUUCAUCGCACGGCGGUCGGUUACGUGCCGCCGUUUUAUUACACGCAGAUAGCGCCUCACUUCGCCGGACCGGAAGUGGUGCAUUAUCCGCCGCUGAGCGGCGGGAGACCCGGCGGAAACGAUCAGACGCAGGCCAGCUCGAGCUCGCGUCUUGUGGAGUCGACGAGUUUCGGCACCGCGAAGGAGCGAGGUGACGCCGAGCGCGCCAAGGAGAACCCGAAGACCGACGAGCCGAAGGCACCCGGUAACCCGGACGAGAGCCCGAAGGAGAAGGUCGACGCGAAGGACUCGCCGAAGAAGAACCAGCAGGUGCCGUUGAGCUUCUACCCGAACUACCAGUCCCUCUACUACGAACCGUACAUCUACACGUACAACAGCUUCAACCCGCACCUAGUACCCGGCACCUACUACGUGGAUUACCAGCCGUACGGCUCUCUGGAGCCGAUCCCGCCGGACACGCCGAAGAACGCCGAGUCCGGCUUGUUACCGGGCUUCCACGAGGAGAAGGCGAGGAUUCCGCCGCCGGGGAACAACGACAAAGAAAAGAUACCGGACGUGCCGCCGCCGCCGCCGCCGUCGUCGACUUCCUCCGCGCCGAGGAAGUCCUGAGAGCCGAAGGGGCCACCCUGGGAAUCGAAUCGCGAUGAAUGAGCGAACGAGAAGAGGCAUGACGUCGGUUGACGUCGUGGACGACUCGCGGUUCGAUACGCGCUUCGAAGCGAGAAGAUUCUUCCCUUAUUUUCCGCUUAUCUUUCCUUUCCUCUGGGAGAUGUUGUUCUCUUCUUCGCCUUCUGAGAGAUACGGAUCUGCGCUGUUACGUGCUGACGGGCAAUCGGUUCACCCGUGCCGGCGCGGCGCCGCGGCGCGGUGGCAUGUCAGCGCGGUCAAUCGGUUGGCAUUUAGCACACUGGUCACGCCAUUAUAUCGAUGAACUUUGGCCGCAAGUUGCUCGAAAUAAUCUCCAAUCUGCGCAGCGAUGCUCGAUAAAGUUCGAGGGGUUUCGUUGGCGCGUGUUGCGCUCGCGCGCCGGCUACUGUUAUUAUUGGCGCGGAAUCGACGCGGAGGGCGGCUCGAAUCAGUUUUGCAGGUCGCGCGUUUGUAAACUUUCUGCCACGAAAUCCCGGGCUUCCUCUAAUACGCGAUACGCGUUUCACGUCACGCGCGUAUCGUUGGCGCGUUUUUAAGCUUGCGCCACGAGCUUGCA